GCCCGCUCACGAACAUCCUUCGUGUGCGCAGCCUGCGCGCAUCCGCUGCUCUGCGCACGCAGCACGCGCGAGGCGGCCCGUGGCUGAGGCCCGUCCGCAUGACGUGGAGAUCUGGCGUCGAGCUGUGGGACGUCCAAACUUGUGCCUCCCUACUAUCUCAGCAUCCUUCCCAGCAGCAGGGAAAAGAAAAAAAAAAGAAGGAGAAGCUAAACAAGGAAAAAGUUUUUUCCUCUGACUCGGGAGAAGACGAGCUAGUCGACAUGGAUGAGCACGAGCUGUUCGUGUGAGCAGGACGAGACGGACUGACGAGAACUUUCUCCACACGGUAGAAGAAUGAUUACAUAGCUGCCACUUUGUGUUUGUUAUUUUGUGUGAGAGGACACGAAACAUACAGAAAAAAAAGUGCUUCAACUUGUGGGGCAGUAUGGAGCAGAAGAGCGAGGCUAUGGCGCGAGAGAGCGAAGACCCCGCGAUGACCAAAGAUUCUAAAGUCAAACGGCAAAGAAAGAAGAAACUCAAAGAGAGCAAAACCAGAACCGUGCACGCAAACAUACUCUACGACCACGCCAAAGGGGAGGAAAACCCGAACCGACACUAUGCAAACAACGAGAUUAAGACGACCAAGUACACCCUGCUCUCCUUCCUGCCCAAGAAUCUGUUCGAACAGUUCCACAGGUUCGCCAACGUCUACUUCGUUUUCAUCGCGUUGCUCAACUUCGUGCCGGUCGUCAACGCGUUCCAGCCCGAGCUGGCCCUGGCUCCGGUGGUCUUCAUCCUGUCCGUCACUGCCAUCAAAGACCUGUGGGAGGACUACAGGAGGCACAGGUCGGACCAGGAGAUCAAUCACAUGGACUGUCUGGUGUACAGCAGAGUGGAGAGACGCUAUGUGGAGAAGUACUGGAAGGAGGUGCGGGUGGGAGACUUCAUCAGGCUGCGAUGCAACGAGAUCCUCCCCGCCGACGUCCUGCUGCUGAGCUCCAGCGACCCCGACCGGCUGUGCCACAUCGAGACGGCCACACUGGACGGGGAGACCAACCUCAAGCAGAGACAGGUUGUCCGCAGCUUCUACGACCUGGAUUGUGAUUUCAACCCACUCAAGUACAACAGCAUAAUUGAAUGUGAGAAGCCCAACAACGACCUGAACAGAUUCCGAGGCUACAUAAUCCAUCGAAGCGGCCGAAGAGAUGCACUUUACAAAGAAAACCUGCUGCUGAGAGGCUGCACCAUCCGCAACACAGAAGAGGCUGUGGGAAUAGUCAUUUAUGCAGGUCAUGAGACCAAAGCCAUGCUGAACAACAACGGCCCGCGCUACAAGCGCAGUAAACUGGAGCGACAGAUGAAUGUAGAUGUGUUCUGGUGUGUCAUCAUCCUGCUGGUCAUGUGCCUGUUUGCUGCUGUUGGUCACGGGCUGUGGAUGUUUCAGUACGGAGAUAAGAGGCCUGUGUUUGACGUUCUCAGUCCAGAGGGGACAGACUUAUCACCCAUCAUGUCCGCCAUUUAUCUGUUCCUCACUAUGAUCAUCGUUUUUCAGGUGCUGAUACCCAUCUCCCUGUUUGUGUCGAUCGAGAUUGUCAAGAUCUGCCAGGUGUACUUCAUCCACCAGGACAUGGAGCUGUAUGACGAGGAGACAGACUCUCACCUGCAGUGCAGAGCUCUUAACAUCACUGAGGAUCUCGGCCAGAUGCAAUACAUCUUCUCUGACAAGACGGGCACGCUGACGGAGAACAAGAUGGUGUUUCGCCGCUGCACUGUGGCAGGGGUGGAGUACUCCCAUGAUGCCAAUGCCAGAAGACUUGCUAUGUACCAGGAAAUGGACUCAGAGGAGGAGGAGUGUACGUCUCAUGGUGGCACCCUGCCCAGGCGGGACAGUGUGACCAGCCACCAGAGCGCCCGGGUGGUGCUGCGCUCCCAGAGCACAAAGUCCCACCGCAGGACGGGCAGCCGAGCGGAGGCCAAGCGAGCCAGCAUCCUGUCCAAGCACACGGCCUUCAGCAGCCCCAUGGAGAAAGAUAUCACCCCCGACCCUCAGCUCCUAGACAAAGUCAAUGACUGCAGCAGUCAGAUGGACUUCAUGCGCUUCCACAGCCAGCCCACGUCGCAGCUGCCUUCUGACCUCGCUGACAUCAUUGAUUUCUUCAUCGCGCUCACCAUCUGCAACACGGUGGUGGUGUCCUCCCCCAACCAGCCCAGACAGAAGGUCCGUAUGAGGUUUGAGUUGAAGUCGCCGGUCAAAUCCAUCGAGACCUUCAUCAGGCGCUUCACGCCCAGCCGCCUCACCUCAGGCUCCAACAACAGCAGCUCCUCCAGCCUCAUCACCAACCGCUCCUCCAACAAGGGAUGCUCCAGCUUGCUUUCCUCCCCUUCUGCAGAGAGCACGCUCACCAAACUGGACGAGGAGCAGACGCCCAGAGGCCUGGAGCACGCCUUCAGCCCCAUCCCGCCCUGCUACGACGGGAAGGGGUGGAACCUAGAGGAGGGCGAGCUGCGCUAUGAGGCCGAGUCGCCCGACGAGGCUGCUCUGGUCUACGCUGCCAGGGCCUACAAGUGCUCCCUCGUCGGACGCCUCCCCGACCAGGUGACCGUGGAGCUGCCACACCUGGGGAAGUUGAGCUUUGAGCUACUGCACACACUGGGGUUCGACUCCACCAGGAAGCGCAUGUCUGUGGUGGUUAGACACCCUCUGACGGAUCAGAUCACCGUGUACACUAAAGGAGCAGACUCUGUCAUCAUGGACCUCAUCAGACCCCCCGACACAGGAAGCUCCAAAGGGAAACGCCAGAAAAAGAUCAUCAACCGAACCCAGAACUACCUGAACCUGUACGCUGCAGAUGGCCUGCGCACACUGUGCAUUGCAAAAAAGAUUCUGAGCAAGGAGCAGUACGCCUGCUGGCUGCAGCGCCACCUGGAGGCUGAGACGGCCAUCCAGGGAAGAGAGGAGCUACUGUUUGAGUCGGCCCUGCGACUGGAGACAAACCUCCAUCUUCUGGGAGCGACAGGCAUUGAGGACCGGCUGCAGGACGGUGUGCCUGAAACCAUCGCCUCCCUGCGGAAGGCCGGCCUGCAGAUAUGGGUGCUGACGGGCGACAAACAGGAGACGGCUGUUAAUAUCGCGUACGCAUGCAAGCUGCUGGACCCUGAGGAAGAGAUUUUGACACUAAACGCUGAUUCUCAGGAGGCGUGUGCGUUGUUGUUGGAGGAGAGUCUGCACUACAUCCAGGCCAAAUUCCUCUGCAGUUCCACAGAACAGGCCACGAAGACCUUCCACGGUAGCUUUGCCCCCUUCGAGAUCUAUCCGUCCUCAUCUCCGUCCUCCCACUCAUCCUCCCACACCGCUGCUCCCUUCACGGUGCACCGGCUGGGCCUGGUUAUUGACGGGCGGACUCUGGCCUACGCCCUGGAUAAGAGUUUGGAGGAUAAGUUUCUGGCUGUUGCUCGGAGCUGCCGCUCAGUGCUCUGCUGCCGCUCCACGCCACUGCAGAAGAGCAUGGUGGUCAAACUGGUGCGGAACAAGCUGAAGGUCAUGACUCUAGCUAUAGGUGAUGGCGCCAACGAUGUCAGCAUGAUCCAGGUAGCGGACGUGGGCGUCGGCAUCUCCGGACAGGAGGGCAUGCAGGCGGUGAUGGCGAGUGACUUUGCUCUGCCACGUUUCCGGUAUCUCCAGAAGCUCCUGCUGGUCCACGGACACUGGUGCUACUCCCGACUGGCCAACAUGAUUCUCUAUUUCUUCUACAAGAAUGCUAUGUUUGUGGCGCUCAUCUUCUGGUAUCAGUUCUACUGUGGAUUCUCAGGUUCGGCCAUGAUUGACCAGUGGUAUCUUAUCUUCUUCAACCUGAUGUUCUCCGCCUUCCCACAACUCAUCACUGGCACGCUGGACAAGGACGUGUCAGCAGAGACUCUCCAGCAACUACCUCAGCUCUAUGUGAACGGCCAGAACUCCGAGGAAUAUAAGCCAUACAUGUUCUGGAUGAACAUGAUUGAUGCCUUCUACCAAAGUCUGGUCUGCUUCUUCAUCCCUUACUUCGCCUACGCUGACUCUGACGUGGAUCUGUUUACAUGGGGAACUCCCAUCACUACCCUCGCUUUAUUCACCAUUCUGGUGCACUUGGGCAUUGAGACCAAAACCUGGACCUGGAUGAACUGGCUGUCGAUCACCUUCAGUAUAGCUUUAUUCUUCACGGUGGCUCUGUGUUACAACGCCUCCUGUCCCACCUGCUACACCCCCUCCAACCCCUACUGGACCAUGCAGAGGCUGCUGCAGGACCCCCUGUUCUACCUGCUCUGUGUCAUCACACCUCUGGUGGCGCUGCUGCCCAGAUAUUUCUACAGGGCGUGUCAAGGCACGCUGUUUCCCAGCCCUGUCCAAGUUGGAAGACAUUUGGAUAAACUCCCUGCAGAAACCCGCAGGAACAUCCUCAGCCUCAGCAGGGUCAAGGUGGGGUCGCUGCUCAGCCCCAAGCCUCCCUUCCUGUCCCUCACUAAGCCCUCCCCUGAACUUUGCAAUAGAAAAGACCAAAGGAGCUUCCCCAGCUCCAAGACAUCCCAGGGGCCCGUUUUACAAACAGUCCAACAGAGCGGGAGGAGCCCGCUGGGGCCCACAGACACUGAGAGGGGCCUGUCAGAUCUCUAUACUUUACUUCCUACAGAAAUAGACACUCUUCCUUACACCAAAGACGCCCCUCCGCUCUCCGGGGGGCCUCAUCCUCCUUCCAGCCGAGACUCAGAGUGUCUUGAUAAGACUUUAGAGGCAGCAGAUCUGAGUCUGUCCAGCUGGAUCACCUCCACGCCGCUGCUCACACAGACAGACAGCGUGCAGCUCAAACUGCCGCCCGACGGAGACUCCCAGUGCGUCACGUACACGAGGAGCUCCGAGGAAGGACUCAAGUCUGACCAUGGCGUUCAUCCAGCACAGAGGACGGAGCAGGCGGCGGAUCAGUCGCUGCACACCAUCUUGUGAUGUCUGACGUUCAUAAGUUUGUCACUCAAACUCCAAUUUGCACGAUAGUUUUUUUUUUAAAGUCUAAUUUUAUUGUAUUUUUCAAGGAGAUACUUUUAUAAAAGAUACAAAUAGGUACUUUAUAUUUCAAAUGUUUAAAAGAUAUUUUGAGAUUUGGGAGAUGGAGGAACUGGAAUAUCUUCCGUUCGUUUUUUGUAAUCAUGGGAAGUUUUUUUUUUAUAUCACAAAGAUGCAUCUCAGUACUUGAUCAGGUUUUAAUGGAAGAAGGAAGAGCAGAGUCGAGACAUUCCACUGCUGGCCUAUCAGGGAGCUCGUUUUGGUACUCUGUUCAUUCUUUCAGCUGCGCCUGAAAACGCAUGAAGACCUGGAUCAGACGCCACUGUGGCCUUGAAUCAGCGUUGAUAUUCCUGAGAAGAUAAGUUUGUUUUUUUUAUGUAUAAAGGCCCAACAGAAACAUGUUUCAGUGUCUUUAAAUUAGCAAACUGCGGCAUGGGCUCAGUGCACGUUUCAGUCUUGUUGCUGGAUUUGCAAACUUGUUGUCGUUAGACGUUAAUGACUGAAGAGAGUGUUUGCAGAUGUUCUGUCGUUCAAUACAUUCCACUGAAUAAUCAUGAGAGCUGUUUACCUUAAAUGUCAUUAUGCAUUAUCACCAAAGAAGAGUUCGUUUCGAUCUGUAUACAGCAAAAAUCUACCAGAAGUGAUGCUCGGUUUGAGUGUGCAUGUAGGUGCGUAUGAUUGUGUGUGUGUGUGUGUGCGUAUGUGUGUCCAUUGACUCAUUGGAUCUGUUUUAUCAGUGCCUGCCAGUUUCACAUUGAAGUUGCAGUUUGAUAUUUUGGGAAAUAUGUUAAAUAAAUUAGUUUUCUAAGAAAGAGUUGCAUCAGAAGCUUAACGGGGCAUUACGCAAGAAUUUCAUUGGAUAAUGUUAAAAGAAAAAAAAACAAAUUGAAGAAGACGCCUGUGUCUUGUUUUGCAAACAUAUCUUCUGAAGUAAGCACGCUAACCAGCUAGCCCCAACCUGUCCCGACAUUUUAAAGAUUAAACCAAGAGACAGUUAGCGUAGCUUAGCAUAAAGACCUGGGGUUGACGGGUAAAAACCAUCAAAUGUUUUAGUUUUAUACCUCAGUUUUAUUUAGAUUUAUAAUGGAGACGUCUCAAGUUAUUUACUGAGCUUUACAAGUGCAAGUAGGGAGAUGUUAGUAUGUUUGGACAGAGCCAGGCAAACCGUUUCCCCCUGCUUCGCAUAUUUGUGCUAAGCUAAGCCAAGCUAACCAUUUGUCAGUCAAUGAAGGUGGAGCUAGCAGACAUUUUUAUGGAUUAAUCAAACAAGAUAUAACAUGUAAGUGAACCUUAGAGAUGCUGGUAGGUGGAUUUUUUUUUUUUUUCUGAUUUUCAGUCUUAAUGCUAAGCUAACUGCUAAUCAUCUCCUCUAGCUUCAUAUUUAGAAUAUAGGCAUGUGUGGUCUCAAUCUUCUCGCGUUACACUCAUUAGGAAAGCGCACGAGAAUAUUUCCCCAAAAUGUCAAACUGUUUCUGAAGGCACUGUUCAGUAGGUUGACAACAAGCUACCGUCACGUUUCGUAAAACAAUUUUACUUGAAGGUCAUUUUUUAACAGUUUAUUUCGUGAGUUAAGUUUUAUCUCAACCAAGUUUAAUCAGUUCUGCUGGUGCUCAGCUGUAAACCAAAAGCUCCAAAGAUUUAAAAUUUGCACUUUUGAAAGCAUUAUUUUAGAAUGGCCAUUAAGUGUUGCCGUCGUCGUCGUUGUUGCUGGUGGUAUGUGCAGUGCUCAGACACAGCAUGAAAAGGAUGGAAAGUUUUAUUUCCUUUAGCAGAACCAUGAUGCACUCGUCAUCAUGCACGAACUAACUAAAAGUAUGAACGGUUGGAAUGAUGCUACUCCUGCUACUGUUCAAUUGUUGAGCAUUUAAAGCAGCAGCACCUUUAAUAUUUUAUGAUUGUUGUAUCUCUUGUGUCGUUUCAGUACAUUUUUGUAAAGUGUGUCAUUUACCAAAGAUCAUUUAUAUUUCUGUAUUUUCUAAGCAAUAGUAUGUGCCUUAACACUGGAUGAGAGAUUACAAAUCUACAAGUUUGCUUACGAUACUGAAUCUGUAUUUGUUUAAAGAUGACGCUCAUCUUUGUUCAAUGAGGAGCAUUUUUUGUGUUGGUGUAGGAGAUAUUUAUGAGGCUACAUGCGAUGUGGUUUCUUCCCUCUUGUCUGUUUUUGCACACAGCGUUUUUCUUUUUCUUUUUUUUCGUCUUCUUCUUCCUGGCAUGUUGUUCACGUUCUGACUCCACAGUCUGUCCACUUUGUUUUAUAGGUUCUGUCUGUUCUGUGCUUUUGGCAUCACACUUUCUGUGCCAGAAUGAAGCUCGAGCGCGUUCACUGCUGAAUUCCAACACUCUCACAAAAAUUCCUCACAGGAACGUUCCCUCUCUCUGCUCACGGCCUCGAUAAUAUCCGAGCUUGAUGUUUGUCGGUUUGUCAUUUGUAUUUCGAUUACAAGGUCGGCCUUCUGUAGUCUUUCAUGUUUUCAUGUUGUGUAUGCGGCACUCACAGAGGGGAAACUACCUGCUGUUAAAUCACUGAGUUGAGUAUCAUUCAAGGUGUUAAUGCAGUCUCUCUCUCUCUGGGUUGCAGCAAGCUGGAAACACUGAAGAGCUGCAGCCCAGCAGCAACAAACACCAUCACCAACUUAGAAAAAAAAUAGAUUUUAAGGGUUUAUUUUCUUUUCAGAUAUAUUUAAGCUUUUUUUAAAAAAAUUUUUAUACCAGUUCUCUGUCCUACAAGUAACUUGUAGUGAUUUGCACCGCGGCUACUUGUGAACAAAAUACAAAUGAUGAUAAUAAAGUAAUUAUUCUUUGCUGCCUGUUUGUUCAGAAAGUUGUACCCUUUGCUCAAUAAAAUGUCUCAGUCCUCAA